AUGAGUUUGGUACAAUUCUAUGGCAAGAUAUUCGGACUGGGUGUUGGACUUGGUGGUGCGAUGGAGCUUUUGUUGAUCAAGAGCAAUUACUAUCAAAUGCUAGCUGCAUCAGAAGCAAAAACUAUUGCCAAGGAAAUGGCUAAAGAAGAAGAAGACAGACUUAGAGUGGAGCGAAUGAUCAAGUCAGAGACAUCUUCCUCUUCAUCGACGUAA